ACGCCGCCCGCGCUGCGGUUACGGGCCGUCUGCGUCCCGGCCGGACCGGGCUCCGGACCCAUGUGGAAGCUCGUCCCCGGCGCGGGCCCGGCCCGAGGGGGCGGCUUUGGGGGCCACACCUGGCCGUGUUCAGGAACCACCUCGGACUCUGCUCCAGGAUGUGUCCCAGCCGUGCUGGAUUCAAACCAGCCGGAUCCACCUCGGACCCGGGAAAAACCCCUCGCCUGGCCAGUCUUCACCAGACAUGCUCUUCCUCCAACUGAGUGUGAUUUCUGAGCCAUACAGACUUUUGACGGGUGUCGAGUAUGUGGUUGGAAGGAAAAACUGUAACAUCCUCAUUGAAGAUGAUAAGUCAAUCAGCCGAGAUCAUGCCAUGUUAGCUGCUAAUUUUUCUGUAACCAACCUGAGUCAAACAGUAGAAAUCCCUGAACUGACAAUAAAAGACAAUUCUAAAUAUGGCACCUUCGUUAAUGAGAAAAAAAUGCAGAAUGGCCUUUCCCUAGUCUUGAAAACGGGUGAUCGAGUUACUUUUGGAGUGUUUGAAAGUAAAUUCAGGGUGGAGUAUGAGCCCCUGGUCACGUGCUCUUCUUGCUUAGAUGCGUCUGGAAAAGCCGCUUUAAAUCAAGCAGUCUUUCAGCUGGGGGGACUUACUGUAAAUAAUUGGACAGAAGAAUGUACUCACCUUGUCAUGACGACGGUGAAAGUGACCAUUAAAACAAUCUGUGCGCUCAUUUGUGGCCGUCCAAUAGUGAAGCCGGAGUAUUUCACUGAGUUUGUUAAAGCAGUUCAGUCUGGGAAACAGCCGCCACACGCCGGAAGUUUUUGUCCCUCUAUCGAUGAACCAACUAUUGGAAGCAAAAAAAUUGAUCUGUCAGGACGGCUGGAAAGAAAACACAUCUUCAGAGGGAAAACAUUUGUAUUUCUAAAUGCUAAACAGCAUAAAAAGUUGAGUUCAGCAGUUGUUUUUGGAGGAGGAAAGGCGAGGCUGCUGACAGAAGAAAAUGAAGAAGAUGAAAGUUUUUUUUCUGCUCCUGGAACUUGUGUUAUUGAUGUGGGAAUAACAAACACAUCUAUGUUAAUUCCUAACUCACAGAAAACAUGGAUUCUUUCCAUUGUGGAUAUGCUCCAAAGGCAAGGUCUUCGACCCAUUCCUGAAGCAGAAAUUGGAUUGGCAGUUAUUUUUAUGACGACAGAUAAUUACUGUGAUCCUAAGGGACAGCCCGGUCCAGGAUGGAAGUCGACUUCAGAACCAAGCCUUUCCCAAAGCUCAUCAAUCAAUGACAGUUUGAUGCCAGAAACGCAGGUGAAUGCUACAGCAGGCGCAGCCGACUCCGCAUCGGAGCAGGCAGACACAUGUAUGGAUUUAAGUGAAAGGCCAAAAGAUGUCAAAAAACCCAGAAUGGAACAGAAUUUUGAAAAGUCUUCACAAGAAGCAUCCAUUUUAAAGGAAACCCCCCAAAUAAGCCCUCACAAUAGUUUAUCCAAAACUCAGGAUCUCACGAAGGCCCCAAGCUACCAGCUUUCACCAAAUACAUUUUGGGGUGUAAAUAAAAGUAGAGAUCGGACUUCACAGCAGCAGACGAAUACCAUAAAAAACUACUUUCAGCCUUCUGCCAGAAAAAGGGAAAGGGAUGGCGAAAAUGAAGAAAUGUCUUCAUCUAAAUCUGCAAGAAUCGAAAUGUCUUGUUCUCUUUCAGAACAAACAAUGCCCAUUUCACCCUCACUCUGCAAAAAUAAGGAGCAAAAUCUAUCCCAGAAUGAGCCUAUGGACAAAAAUUCAGAUAAUCUAUUUACAGAUUUAAGAUCCACUGUGAAAAAUUCUGCUAGUAAAUCUCUUUCUACAGAAGAGUUACAACCGGGAAAAAGAAAAGAAAUGAAUGAUUUUGCCAUCGAAGAUGAAGUUUUGGAACAGCUGUUCAAGGACAUGAAAUCAGAAUUAGAUGUUGAAGUGAAAGUUCAGAAAGACAGCAUUAAAAAUAAGAGUAAAAGACCAAAAUUGGAUAUUGAAACAAAUGGCAUUUUUAAUGAUGAAGUGGUACUAGAAAAUAAAAUAUCUCAAGAAAAUGAAAUUGGGAAGAAAUGUGAUCUCAAGAAGGAACCACUAUGGUCAACGAAAGAAGAACUACCCAAUAAUGAGAAACUCCAGGAGGAUGGUGAGAUGCUGCCGAGGAACGUGUUACUGACGGAAUUCAGAUCUCUGGUGGUUAAUAAGCCUGACUCCAGAAAGGCACCUGGUGUAAAUGAUUACGGUCAAUUAAAGAAUUUUAAGAAAUUUAAAAAGGUGACAUUUCCUGGAGCCGGGAAGCUUCCACACAUCAUAGGAGGGUCGGACCUCAUAGCUCAUCACGCGCGGAAGAAUGCAGAACUAGAAGAGUGGCUGCGGCAGGAAAUGGAGGUGCAGCAUCAGCAUGCAAGGGAAGAGUCUCUCGCGGAUGAUCUCUUUAGAUAUAAUCCUAAUGCGAAGAGGAGAAGAUAACUGAAAAUGUUAGAAUCACAAAAAGUCUCCUAUCAUGCGUUUACUUCCGGUUUCUUCUGAGGUACAUAACGGUGUACGGAAGAGCUUUAACUUAGUGUAUAUUUUAUGGUGUAAGUUUGGUCAAUAAAAUGCAGCCAAGUUGCA